AUGACCGCCUCCUUGGUUCUAAACCCUCGCUGGCCAGCGGAAACGGUAAUGUUUGUGUAUGACAACAAUCUGGACGACCUGAACAAGAACAUGGAGGGGCUGGUGGGCAGCGGCAACUUCGCCGCUAGCCAGUGCCGCAACAUUAUGGCACACUCGGCGGCCGCCGCUGCUCUGGGCGGCCACCCGUCCGGCUUGGUGCACUCUUCGGCAGGCUACUCCACAGUGGACGUGUCCGCUGCAGGUUCCAGCGAGACAGGCGCCUCUUCAGGGAAGCAAUGCGCGGCCGGGCCGUGCCCGGCGGCAGCCGUACCGCACCAGAGCUCCUCGGCUGCUACCGCGUUACCUUACAGCUACUUUGGUAACGGCUACUAUCCGUGCAGGAUGGGGCGGGGUUCUCUGAAGUCUUGCACCCAGGCGGCGGGAGCUGCGCUCAGCUCCCAGUAUAUGGACACAACGGUGAACUCUGACGAAUACCCGAACCACCGGGCCAAAGAGUUCGCCUUUUACCACGGCUACCCGAGCCCGUAUCAGUCCAUGGCCAGCUACUUGGACGUGUCGGUGGUCCAAACGCUGGGCACCGGUGAGCCUCGUCAUGACACCCUGCUUCCUAUGGACAGUUACCAGCCCUGGGCCCUAACCAACGGCUGGGGAGGACAGAUGUACUGCUCCAAGGACCAGGGACAGGCCGGACACCUCUGGAAAUCCGCUCUGGCUGAUGUGGUGGCGCACCAGCACGACGGCUCGCCUUUCCGUCGGGGUAGGAAGAAGCGGAUACCGUACACCAAGCUCCAGCUCAAAGAACUGGAGAAAGAGUACGCCGCCAACAAAUUCAUCACCAAGGACAAGAGGAGGAAGAUCUCAGCCGCCACCAACCUGUCGGAGCGGCAGAUCACCAUCUGGUUCCAGAACAGGAGGGUGAAGGAGAAGAAGUUCGUGGCCAAAGUGAAGAGCAGCGCUCCGUAGCAUGCAGGUUCCUGCGCUUUGGACGAUUUUGUGAAGGAUAUUGGUGUAUUUGCGUGUUAUGCAUUAAAUAUGAACUCAGAGAAAUUACAAAAAAAAAUGUGGAAAAGAACGACGUGGUACUUUUGAGGGACUGUGACUGUGCGUACCGGCGUGCGUCAACAAAUGGAAGAAAAUACGAAUAAAAAAGGACAUAAAGGACAAAAUAUGAUUAAA